UCAUAGAGUGAGAACUUGGAUUUAUUUUCCUUUUCUCCAGAGUCUCUCCCUGAGCGCGUCCUCGGUGUGACGAUACCGACGUACACAUACAUACGUUACACUUCACUUGUCUGCAUUGUAUCAACUCCAUUUCGACUUGAUCCAGUCAUAUUUCACACGCACUCUACUUGCACAUAUUCAGCAUCUAAAGCUACAAGCGUAUACUUCCCUCAGUUGGACGUUCCAAGUCAUUAAUCCAACCUCCAGCUACCUUUCAACAUAUUCCCCACGACUUCUUUCGCAUUGCUUUGUCAGGAUGCCAUACUUCAACGAUCUCAUGCCGACUCCUCGGGAAAUGGAGGUAAUAAAAGCAAGGAAGCGAGAGUGUCCCCCCGAGUUCAAUGAUCGCAGGUUUAGCAUUACGACCAAUGAUAGAUACGGGAACACCAAAACGUAUGUUGGAAACGAAGCCUCCAAGCUACUCUACUACGGAAAGCUAGAGGCAAAGCGGCUCCGAAAACAACGGCGACGGGAGGAACGACUUAAGAAGCAAAAGAGGCGGAGUCUCAUUCUGGUGACGCGGGAUUUUAUGAUGAUGGUGGUAUUAAUAACACUACGAGUGUUGACCCCGAAUGGAUCGAUAUUGAGGGCGGAGAAGAGAGCGAUGGUGAAGAAGACGAAGGGGGCAGAUCGUCUGACCCUGUAGUAGAAGUUUGUCAGAAUUCAAUCUCGGAAAAUGUUGCUGCGUUACUCAGGAGGAUCAACAUGAAGCGCAAGAAGAAUCCCUACAGGCAAGAAAUGCUCGAUUUAAUGACUGCUUGGAGAAAGGUACUUCCCGAAGCCUUCAUCACAUAUACUAGGUUUGGACGUGGAAGCCGCAAUUUUCAAACCCCUCUUCGUGGGGAUAAAGCAUUAGACCUUAACGAGCCUUGUGCCUGCACCAAGAAAUCGCGCAUUGUGACCUUGAUUUCUUUGGAGGAACAAUGGCAAGAAGAUGUGCAAUUUUGCCCCUGUAGCUCUGAACCUAUUCGUCUCAUCGAAAGAGGUUUUAUGCCAGUUACGAUGGCUUUUCCGGAGACUGCGAUUUCGUUCCGAUUGCUGAGUUUUUUCCAUUCUAUAUGGCAACAUGUGCCUAUUGCAGUCCAAGGAUUUGCGGAUGGUUUGUUUGCCUGGCAAUCCCAACUAAGUGGAGUCGUCAGAGCAAAGGGAUCUCAUAAGGCUCGCAACGGAGGGCCUCUUAUACGCCAAGCCAUGCAGUUCUAUCGCGAACUACUUCUUCGCGAAAGAAAAGUCAUUGAUAAAGCUGUAAACAGAUCUCUGCGAGACAUUGUUGCUGGGCAGUGCCCAUGUUGUUUUGGACCGCGGAAGGAGCAGGACCUGCCAGCUGGUACUGCGGAUUUUGUCAUCGCUUGCGACGGCAAUUUCGAACACUCUCGUCCAAUAGCUGCAGCACAGAACGAUUUUCCAAAGAAUCACCCAGACUUAUUUUUAAAAACUAAUCAGCUCGAUAAAGCUCGUUUAGCGGUCUUAGCAAACGGUGGAAACAGCACCAAAGUAAAAUUUGACGACAGUGCCUGUUCGGACCAUUGGAAGGCCAAGGACGGUGGUGUCUCUGAUAAUGCCUUCAAAGACAAGGUUGACACUGGCCUUUUUGGAAUGGUUUGUCGCCAUGAGAUAGGACUCAAACUAAUCAACCUUGUCAAAACUGGGGAGAAGUUAUAUAAUCCAUUGGCUCUGGUUCUAUGGAUUUUGCAAGAUGUUGACAAGGAGGGACGACUGGCUUUGCUGUAUGACAUCGGCUGCAACUUCGAUGCUCAUAUAAAAAAGCGCAAUCUAUUGGUGGAAGAACGAGAUCAGAAUCGACUACUCAUCGGCGUCUCGGUUUUCCACGCUUAUGCUCAUAACUGGCUAUGUCAGAUGAGGUACAACCCCCGUCUGAUCGCUGGCUUUGGUUUCAGUGAUGGUGAAAACUCGGAGAGGUUCUGA